UUGUUAUUUGUUAUACGAGGUGCUAGUUUGUGACCGAACUGCGAAGUGGUUCUGCAUUGUAGUAGGGUUCAAUUCAAUCACUCACAAUGAGCUUAUCACUUAUUCAAGGCUAUUCUUCCGCCGAAGAAGAAGAAGAAGAUCAACCUCACAUCCACAAUUCCGUCUCCGACGACCAAGACGACGCGGACUAUAACUCCGCCGAACCCUCCGCCGCAUCACAUCCAUCUUUGGGGGAUAGAUCCAUAUUCGACCACCAUCCCCCACCUCCUUCCGCUUCCGGUCUUCCUUCUGCGUUCGACGCUUUUUCCGAAAUUCCAGGACCACCUCAAUUCCUCAACCAUAGCACUGGAGAAUUCAAUCCACCACAAAAUGAUCAUCAACGAAGUUCAAGGAGGCAUCGAAAGGAGAAGAGGGAUUUACCCACUGGUGCGGUAGUAGAGGCAAAAGCUCAACUAGUUGGGAUUCAUGAGCGAGUAAGAAGUGACAUCAAUGGUGGCCAACCACCAACACCAGCUACUGUGAGCACAUCUGAAACAGGCAAGCGGGUGCCAACUGCAACCAAUCCCAAUGCUGAAGAUGCUGCAGAGCUUUUGAGAAUGUGUGUGCAGUGUGGAAUUCCCAAAACCUACUCCAGUGCACGUGGAAUGGUCUGCCCUGUAUGUGGUGAUCGCCCUCCGCCGGAACCAAGUGCAGAGGCCAAGAAGAAAGGAUCAACAGUCAAAGACAAGGAAAAAUCUAAAAGGAUGAGGGGCCAAUCAUCUCAUGCAAGUUGGAAAAGUGAAACAGAGAUGCAGCUAAGGCAACACUUUGAUUAGCAUUAUCUGUGUUUCCUAUGUAGGUUUCAUGCUGUGUAGAAUGUCCCAGCAAGUUUGCGACAGUGUUGUUAAUUUAGCAAAGUUUGUUGUUAAUGAAGUCAAAAGAAGUAAAAGCUGACUAUGACUACAAAUAUUAUAGUAGUGAUUUGAAGUUAGACUUCUGUUGUUGCUCUCUCGAAUCUGAAUUCCGAACAAGAUUACCAAAUGCUGUACUGGUCAAUUUGUUACUUUUAACAUUUCAUUUACAUUCAUGCAAUUGAUGCAACGGUAUUCCCUCUGAUCA